UCCUCGCUUGCUCGCGAGAUAUUUAGAUAUUUCACUGUUCGCUUGAUUCAUCGCAAUAGUUCGGUUUUGUGGUGGCAGCUUAUGCCGCAUCCUCUAGCCAUGGCCGCUGCCGCCCACCUCCACCUCCCACGUCACCCCUUCGACCUUCUUAGCUCCAAGGACGUCGUUCGAUGCGAUUCGGGCGUCUACAGGCCCCGUCCGCGCUUCUACCGGAACCCCGUCACCUAUGAUGGGAUCUCCUUCUUUGGAACAGGGUUGUUCCGCCGCCGGGGAGUCCAACUGUUUCCUUGCCAUUCUUUUAGAUCGGAUAACCGAGGGGAGGAGACCUCCUCUUCGGAGUUGCCUUCUGAGGACCGUGACAGCAGGAUGCUGGUGGUCGAAGAUGAGAAGGGAUCGCGAAAGCUAAAGCGUAAGGGUGCUCUUUACGCUCUCAAGUCGAUGAUCGUCAAGCUUUCAGGGUCAGAUUCGAGACCUGUGGGACAAUAUAGGAAGUUCGUGGAGAAAGUGGAAGAGGUUUUCUUCUCAUGUGCAACACAAUUAGGAAGAUAUCUUGUUACCAUGAUGAGUACAGGAGUAAUUCUUGCAAUUGGAUUUCAGUUAUCAGGCGGAGACAGUCAGAUGAACACACUCAUUUGGUAUAGCUGGCUGGGUGGAAUUAUUAUCGGAACAAUGAUAGGUGCAAACAUAGUUCUAGAAGAGCAUUGCAAAGCUGGUCCAAGGAAUGUUGUUAUAACUGGAAGCACAAGAGGGCUAGGUAAGGCACUUGCUCGUGAGUUUCUUCUAUCAGGAGAUAGAGUUGUCAUUGCUUCACGCAGCCCUGAAUCAGUACAACAGACUGUGGAAGAACUAAGGGAAAACCUAAAGGAGAGCUUAACAGUUUCUGAAAACAAAGCCAAAGCCAAAGCAAAUUUAUCACAAGCUAUGGUUGUUGGUAUUGCUUGUGAUGUUUGCAAGCCAGAGGAUGUAAGAAAAUUGGCAAACUUCGCUUUACAUGAAUUGGGUUCAGUGGACAUUUGGAUUAAUAAUGCUGGCACAAAUAAAGGUUUUAGACCACUUCUUCAGUUCACGGAUGAUGAGAUUGAGCAGAUCAUCUCAACAAACUUGGUCGGUUCUUUAAUCUGUACAAAAGAAGCAAUUCAUCUCAUGGAAUCCCAAGACAAGGGAGGGCACAUAUUUAACAUGGAUGGUGCAGGUUCUGGAGGAUCAAGCACACCAUUGACAGCCGUCUAUGGAUCAACUAAGUGUGGACUUAGACAACUUCAAGCAUCACUUCUUAAAGAAUAUAAACGUUCCAAGGUUGGAAUGCACACAGCUUCUCCAGGAAUGGUCCUGACAGAUUUACUUCUAAGUGGUUCAACUCUGAGAAACAAACAGAUGUUCAACAUAAUUUGCGAGCUUCCAGAAACAGUGGCCAGAACUCUAGUGCCAAGGAUGCGGGUUGUUAAGGGAAGUGGAAAAGCAGUUAAUUACUUGACACCACCUCGAAUCUUACUUGCCUUGGUCACUGCUUGGCUUCGUCGAGGCAGAUGGUUUGAUGAGCAGGGAAGAGCAUUAUAUGCUGCCGAGGCUGACAGGAUUCGCAACUGGGCUGAGAGCCGGGCACGCUUUUCUUUUACUGAUGCCAUGGAGAUGUACGCAGAGAACACCUGGGUCUCCGUUUUCUCCUUAUCCGUUGUCUGUGCCUUCAUAAUACUCUCCAGCUCUGGCAAUGGAUUCCCAGGAACAUAACUCCAGGUCAUGCAACAAGAUUUCUUAUAAGUGGAAGCCAUCUUUUUUCAAAAACUUCCUCGCCGAUGGGAGGGCAGUCUAGAGGAAUGAAUCAAUUAAUGAGACCAUGUUUGUGAGAGACAGCCAUAUGAAUUAUUAACCAUGUAGUUUUACACGCAAGACUUUUGGGGCAGCAGCCGAGUGGACAUUCCACGGCCCGAAGAGAUUUGUCUGUAGAUAUUUUAAAUUGGUAAUGAAUCUCACAUGUCAAGGACAGCAUUUUAUAGAAUGAAAAUGCAUAAUUUGUAUGCUA